AGAUCGCACCACCCAUUUCUGACACAGAACCACCAUGGGAAGGCUGGUGGUUUUUGCUCUUCUCACACUUCUGCACCAAGGAAGUGCCGCAAAUGUCAAGAAUCUCCUCGAGACUGUCCAUGACCACGAGACAGUGGUCGGGCAAAAUGAGGUCACGGGAGGACAGUGCGCGGUGUGCUGUCCCACCCAGCCAGCUCCCUCCUGUCCAGCCAUGGACCAGCUGCUGCUGUACCUGAGUACUCAGGACAGCCUUCAAGGUCAGCUGGACCAGCUGAGGAACAGGACGGACAGCAUCAAUGGGCAGCUGCAGCAGCUAACUCAGCAGGAGCUGGUUGAGUUCCAGGCAGAGAAUGACCUGAAGGCCACAGUUGAGGCUUUGCAGGCAACAGUGAGUAGUCAGGAUAACAUCAUCCAGCAGCAGGCUGCAGCUUUGCAGCAGCUGCAGGGAACCCUGCAGCAAAUAGAGACUACCAAUCUGCAACAGGCCAGCAGCCUGCAGCAGCAGGAAUCAAUUAUCCAACAACAAGCUGCCGUAAUCCAACAACAAGCCGGCAAUCUGCAGCAGGUGGAAGCAACCCUGCAGCAACUGGAGACCACCAAUCUGCAGCAAGCCAGCAGCCUGCAGCAAGUGGAAGCAACCCUGCAGCAGUGUACCACAGACCUUCAGCAACUUCAAGGUAUUUUGCUGACUUAA